UAGACAUGUCAGAUGUAGCUGUGGUCUGCUUCUCUCUGUCACAUACCAACACAUGCUAUUUUUAGAAAAUAAUCAGUAACAGUGUCCCAGCUGCAGUCUGAACACAAGGAACCAAGUGGAAAAUGAGACAGAGGCCCUAAGAAGAAAGCGUAUGCAUUUUAUCAGCAGAAACACUGCAACUGGGCCAUACAGAAAAUGACCACGCUACAUGUGAAAGUGGAGGGGACCCUGUUUUCCACAGAGAAGGAUGUGUUAAUGGAGCACAGUGAGUACUUCAGAGCCCUAUUCCAGUCUGGGAUGAAGGAGAGUAGCCAAGAUGAGAUCCAACUCCAAAGCUUGGGUUCUAUGGGAUUCUUGAUCAUGCUCAGGGUACUGGCCGGUGAGAGGCCUAUAUUGAGCUGUGAAGAGAUCCUACAAGCAGUAGAAUGUGCAGCCUUCCUACAGGUGGAACUCCUAACAAAACACUUGGUCAACUUGAUCAAUUCAGAUAACUGUGUAGUGAUGUACCAUGCAGCUGCCAUUUAUGGGCUCUUAGAGGUUUUUCAUGCUGCUGCUCUGUGCAUCCGAGAUAUUUAUGACUUGGUGGAAGAAGAAGUGCGUUGCCUACCCACAGAUCUUUAUGAAUACAUUGAUUCACUCCUACCCAGCACAUUUGUAGCAGUAGGUGCACACACUCCAACUAUUGAAUUUCUUGAGGAUGUCUCUCGUACAAUGUGUUACCUGAAUGAACAGGAGAACAAGUGGGAGAGUUUGGGAUGCAUUCCAGAGCAUGCCAGUACAUUUCUAGCUGGAGUUGCAACCUUAGACAACAAGUUAUUCAUUGUGGGAGGAGCUAGAGGGGCCAAUAAGCAAGUGGUUGAGAUGAGCUUCUGUUAUGAUCCAGAUAGUCAUACCUGGAGUGACUUUGCUUGUCCUCAUCAGCUUCGGUAUGAAGUAUCACUUGUGGGACAUGAGGGACAUCUCUAUGCUGUUGGGGGGGAGUUUGAAAGGGUUCCUUUGGCCUCUGCAGAGAAAUACUCUCUAUCCUCUCAAACAUGGAGUUUUAUCAAAGAGUUACCUCAAUGUGCAGCAGGUCCCCCAGCAACAAAUACUAUGGGGAGGAUCUUCAUCUGUCUCUGGAAACCGCUGGAUAGUACAGUUAUUUAUGAGUAUGAUAUACUAAAGGAUGAUUGGAUCUCUGUGACCUCUAUUAAAAGAACCCAGAGUUAUGGUCAUUGCAUGGUGGGACACAACGAUAACUUGUACAUCAUGAGGAAUGGUCCAUCUGAUGACUUUUUGCGUUGUACAAUGGAGUGCUUCAACCUCACCACCCAGCAGUGGACAGCGCUACCAGGACAAUAUGUUAAUAGCAAGGGAGCCCUAUUCACUGCUGUUGUUCGAGGGGAUAGUGUCUUCACCCUAAAUAGGAUGUCCACCCUUGUCUAUAAGGUUGAGGAUAACACCUGGAGGCCGGCAAAAGAGAAGGCUGGCUUUAACAAAGGAGGGCAUUUGCACACAUUCUUUUUAAGGCUACCAAGAAACAAAAGUUAACAACCAAACAACUCAUGAGACAUACACAUAACUCAUUUCCUAUGUACAAAUGUGCAUAACUUAUCACGUGUUUAAUCAGUUCAGAUAGAAAUGUUGUUUGUUUUAUGGUUACUUUGUUAAAUAACCAUUUGUCACAAAUAAUUUCCAUUCAUGAUGCACAAUACUAGUGUUUGCAUUGUUGAAAUUUCAUUCACAUUAUUACAAAACAUUCUGGUAUACAGGUGGUUAAACAGGGGUUAAAAGAGCAACAGAGUCAAGAGGGAACUUGUCCCCAGUCAGUAGGCUUUAUGGUGAUCAGCAUGAGGGAAAUCACUGUUACAGCAGCUAUAUGAGAGAGACUGUCUGAGCUGCUUUUCCCUGCCCUCUUUCUGUAACUUAGCCUUUUUCUGGCUGUUGUACCCUAUUUACUGCCACUUAAAAGGAACAUUAUACACUAGAUUUUACUUUGCAUACGUUUUGUAGAUGAUCCAUUUAUAUAGCCAAUGCAGGAUUUGUUUUUUUAAAUGUAUAGUUUUGCUUAUUUUUAAAUAACAUUGCUCUGAUUUUCAGACUCCUAACCAAGCCCCAAAGUUUUAGGAGAAUACUGAUGUAUACCUACUCCAGCUUGCUCCUGUUUGUGUAAAGAGUCUUUUCAUAUGCAAAGGAAGGGGGAGGGUCUGAUAUUUCACAAUUGCAGUGGGUGUUCCAGCUAACUUUUUAACAGAGCUAAACUGGGAUCUUCUAAAUAAGUUUUUAAACAGUUUUAUACUGGAUUUUUACAUCAAUAUCUGAGCAUAUUCUUCUUUAUAUUAGUGUCUAUUACAUACAGUUAUAUAAAAAUUGGUGUAUACUGUCCCUUUAAAGGAACAUGAAAUUCAAUACUAUGAUGGGGUAUACAACCCCUGCAUAUUGCAACACACUUUAAAGAUUAAAAAAAAAAAGAAAGUUUUUACCACUGAGAUUGUAACUUCAUAAGCCUGGUGUUGAUCUCAGACUUAGAAACAAGCUGAUUGGCGUAUACCUGCAUUCAUUUGACUGUCAAUCAAUCUAAUGCACAAAAGCAUGCGUAAUUAACAAGUAUGUUCUUAGAUCUGCACUGCUUUAGAGUUGCAGAUUAAAUGCUAAAUAAAGGCAUAAUUAUUUUUUUGAACACACUCUGUAUUUAAAAAUGUAUUUACCAUCGACUUGGAUUUCACAAUAUGCUAAAAUAAUGCUGUGUGGGAAAGGGUGACAUUAAAAACAGCAAUGCCCGUUAUUGAACGGCUAUAUAUUGACAAUAUGUUAGUAAGUAAUUGUCUUUUGUUAUGACAGGAUACCUCAUAGCAAUGCUGUGAAUAAAGAGAACCAAUUAUUA